AUACCUAAGUCAUGAUCUCUUACUUUGCUCUUGCUUAGGUUACCUAUGGUUUCCUAACACUUGAUUCAAUAUAUACUUUUGAAUUCUAAUAUUUCUUGCUGUGUGAGACAAACCUCCCAUUGCAUUUGAUUCUGUUUACUGCUUCUGCUAAUUGAAAUAGACUCCUCCUUUGGUUUAAUUGAAAUAGACUUCUCCUUUGGUUUAAUUGAAAUAGACUCCUCCUUUGGUUUCUAUUUCUGUAGCAACAUUUUUUCCUUCUCAGUCAUCUUUCCAAGAGCCUCUUUUAUAUCUAUAGAUCCAAUACUUUUCUUUUAAGUCUCAUUCAUGGUCAUCUGGAAAUCUUCACCUGAAUGUCCCACAGUUAACUUCAAUUCACCAAUAUGAAUGGAACUUAUCAAUUUCUUCGAAAACUUGCUCCUCCCUCCCUGUCUCCAUCUCAAUGAAAGGUGCCCCAGCCAGCAGUCUGGGAGUUCUCCUAGAUGCCCAGAUGCCCAAGCCAGUAAUCUGGGAGUUCCCCUAGAGUCUCCCUUACCUCCUUGAGAUCAGGUCAUCAGUUCUUGUGUGCUGAACCAUGGUUGCACCCACUCUGCCACUCUUCUCCAUUGGGAUCUCAUCAUCUCUCUUCUGGCCUGCUGAAAUAGUCUGCUCUCAUCUGCCUGCCUCUUUCCCUUCUAAUCCAUUUUCCACAUUGCUGACAGCAAGAUUAUUCUCAUAAGCAAAUCUAAUCAUGUCCCUUUCCUGCUUAAAAUUUCUCCAUUGCCUGUAGUAGCAUCUCUCACAAGAUGUUCUGUGAGUUGUUGAUAAGUAUUCCAAGACAAAGGGGGUUGUGAUAUACAUUUGUAUAUUAACAGAUAUAAAAAAUCCUGUUUAGCAGGUCCUGAGAAAAUUCCUGUUUAACUUCGUGUAACUCAAGAUUUCUUCUCAAAUUUACCUUGGAAGUUGGGACCCUUUAUCCUCUGGGUAGUCCCCAGUCACAGUUUGGGGAUUGCUGGCCCAUGGGCUAACACUGGCAUCAUGCACAAGGCCUUUCAUGAAGGGGCUGACUGUGUCUGCAGAGUAUCCUCUUUCUGCACUGCAGUGCUGAUGCUCCAGUACCUAAAUGACUCACCUGCCUGCCCCUUGGGUCCUACACACAAUGACUUAGCAAGGAUUAUACUGUUGUCUGAUAUACUUGACAAGCUCCUCUUCAUCUUUUGAGACUCAUUUAAAGACUUACCUUUUCUUUAUCUCAUUUUCUCUAAUUAGACUUUAUAUUUAUUAUAAAUUACAAACUAAACAUGCUCAUUGAAGAGACUUUGAAAAUCACAGGAAAAGAUUAUUAAAAUAAUCCAUAAUAUUAUAUACCAAAAAUAAAAACCCAUUAACAUGUUUAUAUGCUUCUGUCCAGUCUUGUCUUAGUGCAUACUGAUAUGCUGACAUACAUAACUUACCAUGAGGUUAUCUACAGAGAUAGAUAUAGAUACAUAUUUACAUUGAGAUAAUAUGAUAUACCAGUUUUAUAUCCUGCUCACUCUCUUUUAUUCAAACUUAACAUUAUAUCAUAAGCUUUUUCUCAUGUCAUUAAUUAUUUUUGGGAGAUGCCAUUUUGUAAGGAUAUGUAAUUUUCCAUUGUAUAAAGGCACCAGAACUUAUAUAACUAUACUUCUACUUUUGAACACUUAAGUGUUUCUCUGAUUAGUUAUUAAUACAAGAAAUACUGCAGUGAUUGUCCUUGCACAUAAAUCUUUGUUUACAUUUCUAUUUUUCCCAUAGAUUAGCUUUCUGGAAUAUAAAUUACUACUCAAAGAAUAUAAACUUUUAAUCCUCCCUUUAAAUUUUCCCAUAGACUUCCUUGGCUUUCCUUCCAUUGUGACCUGCUAGUGUUUUGUUCACACUUCAAAUGUAGAACUCAUCACCAUGUGUUGCAAUUUUUUUGUCUCUCUCAGUUAGAAAACAUGUGUCCUGAAGGUAGGGCCGUGUCUUUUGAUUUGUCGUACACUCAGAAUCAGCACAAUACCCAGCCUGGUUGAAUAAGUUAUUCUUAUUUAUUUUAGCAUUUCAUAAAAUUCAAAAGAAUUUAUAAACAUGCGCAUUUACAUUUAUGUUUAUGCCUUUCUCGUUGACAGGAUGGUAUUUUGGGCGCAGUUAAUCAUUGUCAAAACACUGUGUUAUCAGUUCCUAAUCUCAUGCCUGAUUCGUAUUUUGAUGCUUUCACCAGCCCUUAUAUUAACAACAAACUUGAGGAAAAAACCUGUGGAACUGGGCCAAGUUUAGCAGCAGUAUUCGAGGAUGAUAAGAAUUUUCACACAAUUAUUUCUCAAAUAAAGGAAACCAUUCAGGCAGCAUUUGAAUCGGCCCGCCUCUAUGCAGCUACCUUUGAAAAGUUCCAGCUAUUCUUCAAGGAAAAUGAAAGUCUUGAUUUACAAGCUCUUAAACUUCAGGAACCUGAUGUUAACUUUUUUAGUCAACAACUGGAAAAAUACCACAAACAGCACAAGGACGCAGUAGCUCUCAGACCCACCAGAAAUGUAGGAUUGCUGCUCAUUGACACUAGGCUGCUAAGAGAAAAAUUAAUUCCAUCACCUUUGCGAUGCUUAGAGGUGCUAAAUUUUAUGCUUCCUCGUCAAAGCAAGAAAAAAGUGGAUGCCAUUAUCUUUGAGGCACAAGAUGCAGAGUAUAAACUUGAGUUUGUUCCAACUACUACCACAGAAUAUGUUCAUAGCUUAUUAUUUCUUGAUGAAAUUCAGGAACGGAUUGAAAGCCUUGAAGAUGAAGGGAAUAUAGUGACUCAAAUGUACAAGCUUAUUGAACAAUAUCAGGUACCCACACCUCCUGAAGACUUUGCUGUUUUUGCAACUAUGAAGCCAUCCAUUGUUGCUGUUCGGAAUGCCAUUGAUAAAUCAGUGGGUGAUAGAGAAUCAAGCAUUAAGCAAUUUUGUGUGCAUUUGGGUAGUGAUAUUGAAGAAUUAAACAACGAAGUGAAUGAAGUAAAACUGCAAGCGCAGGAUCCACAGAUUUUAGAUAUCUCUGCUGACCAAGACAAAAUAAGGCUCGUAUUGAAUAAUCUGCAAUCUGUUCUGGCUGAUCUUCAGAAACGUGCAUUUCGGUGUAAGUCCUAUCAGAAGAAUUUUAAGGUAGAAGUGUCCAAGUUUGAAGCUUUGGAAGAAGUCAGUGCUGAACUGAAGCUCAAACAAUUGCUCUGGGAUUCUUUCUCUGAAUGGGAUAAACUCCAACAAGAAUGGUUAAAGUCCAAAUUUGAUUGCCUGGAUCCAGAAGUCCUAAAUAGUCAAGUUUCUAAAUAUGCUAAAUUUGUGACUCAACUGGAAAAAGGCUUGCCACCCAACAGUGUAGUGCCCCAGCUCAAAUACAAGGUGGAAAAAAUGAAAGAAAAGCUUCCAGUUAUCAUUGACUUGAGAAAUCCGACUUUGAAGGCAAGACAUUGGGCAGCUAUUGAACAAACAGUUGAUGCCACUCUAGUGGAUACUGAAAUUCCAUUAACCUUGGAGAGGCUCUCCGAGUUGCAUGUUUUUGACUUUGGUCAAGAAAUCCAGGACAUAUCUGGACAGGCUUCUGGAGAAGCUGCCUUAGAAGCAAUUCUUAAAAAGGUGGAGGACUCUUGGAAAACAACUGAAUUUGUCAUUCUGCCUCACCGUGACUCCAAAGAUGUGUUUAUACUGGGCGGCACAGAUGACAUACAGGUCCUUCUUGAUGAUAGCACCAUCAAUGUUGCAACCCUUGCCUCAUCACGUUACGUUGGUCCACUGAAAACUCGAGUGGAUGAAUGGCAAAAACAACUUGCUUUAUUUAAUCAGACACUGGAAGAGUGGCUGACCUGCCAAAGAAACUGGCUCUACCUAGAAAGUAUUUUCAGUGCUCCAGAUAUUCAGAGGCAAUUGCCUGCAGAGUCCAAGAUGUUCCUUCAGGUGGACAAGUCAUGGAAAGAAAUCAUGAGAAAGGUGAAUCGGCUGCCUAAUGCUCUUCGAGCCGCUACUCAGCCAGGACUUCUGGAAACUUUUCAAAACAAUAAUGCAUUACUUGACCAAAUUCAGAAGUGCCUAGAGGCAUACUUAGAAUCAAAAAGAGUUAUCUUUCCAAGAUUUUACUUCUUGUCAAAUGAUGAACUUCUGGAGAUUUUGGCCCAGACACGAAAUCCACAGGCUGUGCAGCCACACUUAAGGAAAUGCUUCGACUCCAUUUCAAAGCUCGAAUUUGCUCUCAUGCCUCCUGCUGAAGGAAAGAUUCCUGGUAUUGAUGGAGAACCAGAAAAGGUUUAUACUAAUGAUAUUUUGGCAAUGCUGUCACCAGAGGGAGAAAGGGUUAGCUUGGGGAAAGGCCUCAAGGCCCGAGGCAAUGUAGAAGAAUGGCUUGGUAAAGUGGAAGAAGCCAUGUUCACGUCUCUGCGUCGCCUGUGCAAAGCUGCCAUUGCUGACUAUCAGGGGAAACUGAGGACAGACUGGGUGGUGGCUGGCCACCCUUCUCAAGUUAUCCUGACCGUUUCUCAAAUUAUGUGGUGCCGUGAUUUGACUGAAUGUCUGGAAACAGAACACAGUAAUCACAUAGAGGCCCUGGAGAAUUUUGAAAAAGUAAAUUUUGAGAGAUUAAAUGCCCUGGCUGCAAUAGUUCGAGGCAGUCUUCCUAAAUUACACAGAAAUAUCCUAACUGCAUUGAUUACCAUUGAUGUGCAUGCAAGAGAUAUAGUCACUGAACUUGUUCAAUCCAAGGUGGAGACAGUUGAGUCUUUUGACUGGCAGAGACAACUGCGCUAUUACUGGGAUAUAGACCUGGAUAAUUGUGUGGCUAGAAUGGCGCUCUCUCAGUACACUUACGGCUAUGAAUAUUUGGGUGCAUGCCCAAGAUUGGUUAUUACUCCACUCACAGAUCGCUGCUAUCUUUGCCUCAUGGGAGCUUUGCAGCUUGACCUUGGGGGUGCACCAGCUGGUCCUGCUGGCACUGGGAAAACAGAGACUACCAAAGAUCUGGCAAAAGCUCUUGCCAUCCAGUGUGUGGUCUUUAACUGUUCGGAUGGUUUGGACUACAAGAUGAUGGGGCGCUUCUUCAGUGGCUUGGCACAAUCAGGGGCCUGGUGCUGCUUUGAUGAAUUUAAUCGAAUUGACAUAGAAGUUCUGUCCGUCAUUGCGCAGCAACUCAUUACCAUUAGGAACGCCAAAGCGGCAAAGCUCUCUAGAUUCAUGUUUGAGGGGAGGGAAAUAAAGUUGGUGAUGACUUGUGCAGCCUUCAUCACAAUGAAUCCUGGCUAUGCAGGCAGAACUGAAUUGCCAGAUAAUUUGAAAGCCCUGUUUAGACCAUUUGCGAUGAUGGUUCCAAAUUAUGCCUUGAUUGCAGAGGUAAUUCUAUAUUCUGAAGGAUUUGAAUCCAGUAAAAUAUUAGCAAGAAAAAUGACUCAGAUGUAUAAGCUUUGCAGUGAGCAGCUGUCUCAACAGGAUCACUACGACUUUGGCAUGAGAGCUGUGAAGUCUGUCCUGGUCAUGGCUGGAUCUUUAAAAAGAGAAAACCCAAACCUAAAUGAAGAUGUGGUGUUGAUAAGAGCUUUACGAGACUCCAAUUUGCCAAAAUUUCUAACAGAUGAUGCUCUUCUGUUCAGUGGAAUCAUAUCUGACCUUUUUCCUGGAGUCCAAAUUCCAGAACAUGACUAUGGUAUUUUACAGUCAACAAUUGUGGAUGUCAUGAAUGGACAAAAUCUUCAGCCUGAGAUGUGUAUGGUUAGAAAGGUGAUACAGUUUUAUGAAACAAUGCUAGUAAGGCAUGGUGUUAUGUUAGUUGGACCAACAGGAGGUGGCAAGACCACAGUUUACCGAAUACUAGCAGAAACUUUAGGGAAUUUACAAAAACUUGGGAUAGAAAAUCCCUUUUACCAAGCAGUUAAAACAUAUGUUCUCAACCCUAAAUCAAUUACCAUGGGCGAAUUAUAUGGAGAGGUUAAUAACUUAACCUUGGAAUGGAAAGAUGGUUUGAUGGCACUAAGUGUCCGAGCAGCUGUGAAUGAUACUUCAGAAGACCAUAAAUGGAUCAUCAGUGAUGGGCCAGUAGAUGCUCUUUGGAUUGAAAACAUGAAUACAGUGCUGGAUGAUAACAAGAUGCUUUGCCUGGCUAACAGUGAGAGGAUUAAACUCACACCUCAAAUUCACAUGCUUUUUGAGGUGCAAGAUCUGCGGGUUGCCUCCCCUGCAACUGUCAGUCGAUGUGGAAUGGUGUUUGUGGAUCCUGAAGAACUGAAAUGGAUGCCUUAUGUUAAAACUUGGAUGAAGGGUAUUUCUAAAAAUCUGAAUGAGGAAACCCAAGAAUAUAUAUUAAAUCUUUUCCAACGUUAUGUUGAUGAAGGUUUACAUUUUAUCAAUAAAAAGUGCAGCCAAGCAAUUCCACAAGUGGACAUCAGCAAAGUUACUACACUCUGUUGCUUAUUGGAGUCCUUGAUACUUGGGAAAGAUGGAGUUAACUUGGCAAUGGAACAAACAAAACUGAACACUAUACUAUGUCAGACUUUUGUAUUCUGUUAUUUGUGGUCUUUGGGUGGAAACCUAACCGAAAACUAUUGGGAUUCUUUUGAUACAUUUAUUAGAACACAAUUUGAUGAUAAUCCUGAUGCCAGGCUUCCCAGUUCUGGUGAUCUGUGGAGCACUCAUAUGGACUUUGACACCAAACGGUUGGAUCCCUGGGAACGAAUCAUACCUACCUUCAAAUACAACCGAGAUGUUCCAUUUUUUGAAAUGCUUGUCCCCACAACUGACACAGUGCGCUAUGGGUACCUAAUGGAAAAACUACUGGCAGUCAAGCAUUCUGUGUUGUUUACUGGCAUAACUGGAGUGGGCAAGUCUGUGAUUGCAAAAGGAUUGCUAAAUAAAAUUCAAGAAUCAGCUGGUUAUGUCCCUGUUUAUCUGAAUUUUUCUGCUCAAACUUCAUCUGCAAGGACACAGGAGAUCAUUGAGUCCAAACUGGAGAGAAAAAGAAAAAAUAUUCUUGGAGCACCGGGAAACAAACGAAUUGUGAUUUUUGUUGAUGAUUUAAACAUGCCCAGACUGGAUCGCUAUGGCUCUCAGCCUCCGAUUGAAUUACUUCGGCAGUAUCAAGAUUUUGGGGGAUUUUAUGACAGAAACAAACUAUUUUGGAAAGAAAUACAGGAUGUAACAAUUGUAUCAGCAUGUGCACCUCCAGGCGGUGGCCGCAACCCUGUGACUCCCCGCUUCAUCAGACAUUUCAGCAUGCUGUGCCUCCCAAUGCCCUCAGAACACAGUCUGAAACAGAUUUUUCAGGCCAUCUUAAAUGGUUUCCUGAGUGACUUUCCACCAGCUGUAAAGCAAACUGCAUCAAGCAUUGUAGAAGCCUCAGUUGAGAUUUAUAACAAAAUGAGUGUUGACCUCCUACCAACACCUGCCAAGUCCCAUUACGUCUUUAACUUGAGGGACUUAUCCAAAUGUGUGCAAGGUAUCCUCCAAUGUGAUCCAGGAACAAUAAGAGAAGAAAUCCAGAUAUUUAGGCUCUUUUGCCAUGAGUGCCAAAGAGUCUUCCACGAUCGCUUGAUUAAUAAUGAAGAUAAGCAAUAUUUCCAUGUUAUUCUGACAGAAAUGGCCAACAAACAUUUUGGAAUUGCAAUUGACCUGGAAUAUUUUUUGAACAAGCCCAUCAUAUUUGGAGAUUUCAUUAAGUUUGGAGCAGAUAAAGCUGAUCGGAUUUAUGAUGACAUGCCUGAUAUAGAGAAAAUUGCAAAUGUUCUACAGGACUAUCUUGAUGAUUAUAAUCUCACAAAUCCCAAAGAAGUAAAGUUGGUGUUCUUCCAGGAUGCUAUAGAACAUGUUUCAAGGAUUGCUCGGAUGAUACGUCAAGAAAGAGGCAAUGCCCUGCUUGUCGGAGUAGGAGGCACAGGAAAGCAGUCACUCACUAGACUUGCAGCUCAUAUAUGCGGUUACAAAUGUUUACAGAUUGAACUCAGCCGGGGAUAUAAUUAUGAUAGUUUUCAUGAAGACCUGAGGAAGUUGUACAAAAUGGCUGGUGUAGAAGACAAGAAUAUGGUUUUCCUUUUCACUGACACCCAGAUUGUAGUGGAGGAGUUCCUAGAAGAUAUAAAUAACAUUCUGAACUCAGGUGAAGUACCUAAUUUAUUUGAAAAGGAUGAACUGGAGCAAGUUUUAGCGGCCACCAGACCAAGAGCAAAAGAAGUAGGAAUUUCCGAGGGGAACAGGGAUGAGGUGUUUCAAUACUUUAUCAGCAGAGUGCGUCAGAAGCUGCACAUUGUUCUCUGCAUGAGCCCAGUUGGGGAGGCCUUUCGGUCCCGGUGCAGGAUGUUUCCAUCGCUUGUGAACUGCUGCACCAUUGACUGGUUUGUGCAGUGGCCCAGAGAAGCACUUCUUUCUGUGUCAAAGACAUUUUUCUCACAAGUCGAUACUGGAAAUGAGGACCUGAAAGAAAAGCUUCCCUUGAUGUGCGUGAACGUUCACCUGAGUGUCUCCAGCAUGGCAGAGCGCUAUUACAAUGAGCUGCGCAGGCGGUACUACACAACACCCACCUCCUACCUGGAGCUUAUCAAUCUUUACCUGUCUAUGCUGUCUGAAAAAAGGAAGCAGAUUAUUUCAGCACGAGAUCGGGUGAAGAAUGGUCUCACCAAGCUACUAGAAACAAACGUACUAGUAGAUAAAAUGAAAUUAGAUCUUUCAGCUUUAGAACCUGUACUUUUAAUAAAAUCACAAGAUGUUGAAGCCCUGAUGGAAAAAUUGGCAGUGGAUCAAGAAAGUGCCGAUCAGGUCCGUAACACUGUGCAGGAAGACGAAGCAACAGCAAAAGUCAAAGCUGAAGAAACCCAAGCAAUAGCUGAUGAUGCUCAAAGAGAUCUUGACGAGGCACUACCUGCACUGGAUGCUGCCAACAAAGCACUGGAUUCCUUAGAUAAGGCAGACAUAUCUGAAAUUAGAGUUUUUACAAAGCCCCCAGAUUUGGUCAUGACAGUAAUGGAAGCAAUCUCCAUUCUCUUGAAUGCCAAGCCUGAUUGGGCAUCAGCAAAGCAACUUCUUGGUGACUCUAACUUUCUAAAAAGGCUUUUAGAAUAUGAUAAGGAGAACAUAAAGCCUCAGAUAUUGGCAAAGCUUCAAAAGUAUAUUAAUAAUCCUGAUUUUGUGCCUGAAAAAGUGGAGAAAGUGUCCAAAGCAUGUAAAUCUAUGUGCAUGUGGGUAAGAGCUAUGGAUUUGUACUCUCGAGUGGUCAAGGUCGUUGAACCAAAAAGACAAAAGCUCCGUGCUGCACAGGCUGAACUUGACAUUACCAUGGCUACCCUGAGAGAAAAGCAAGCAUUACUAAGACAAGUAGAAGAUCAAAUACAGGCCUUACAAGAUGAAUAUGACAAAGGUGUAAAUGAAAAAGAAAGCCUGGCAAAGACGAUGGCCCUGACAAAAGCACGUGUAGUACGUGCUGGAAAGCUGACGGCAGCAUUGGAAGAUGAGCAGGUUCGAUGGGAAGAAAGCAUACAGAAGUUUGAGGAAGAAAUAUCAAAUAUCACUGGGAACGUGUUCAUAGCAGCAGCUUGUGUGGCCUACUGUGGGGCUUUCACAGCCCAGUACAGGCAGUCACUUAUAGAGUGUUGGAUCCAGGACUGUCAGUCUCUGGAGAUCCCAAUCGAUCCUUCCUUCAGUCUCAUUAACAUUCUUGGAGAUCCCUACGAGAUACGGCAGUGGAACACUGAUGGGCUGCCCCGUGACUUGAUAUCAACAGAAAAUGGCAUUUUGGUUACUCAAGGCAGACGAUGGCCUUUGAUGAUUGAUCCCCAAGAUCAGGCAAACCGUUGGAUAAGGAACAAGGAAAGCAAAAGUGGUUUAAAAAUCAUUAAGCUUACAGAUAGUAAUUUCUUACGAAUACUCGAGAAUUCAAUCCGACUUGGUUUACCUGUCUUACUGGAAGAGCUUAAGGAAACCUUGGAUCCAGCUCUAGAACCCAUUCUUUUGAAACAAAUUUUUAUCAGUGGUGGCCGACUACUCAUCCGUCUUGGAGACUCAGACAUUGAUUAUGAUAAAAACUUUAGGUUCUAUAUGACAACCAAAAUGCCAAAUCCCCACUAUCUGCCUGAGGUAUGCAUUAAAGUUACCAUUAUCAAUUUCACUGUAACAAAAUCAGGUCUGGAGGAUCAGUUGUUAAGUGAUGUGGUGCGACUUGAAAAACCCAAGUUGGAAGAACAAAGAAUCAAGCUCAUCGUGAGGAUCAACACUGAUAAAAACCAGUUGAAAACUAUCGAAGAGAAAAUCCUGAGAAUGCUCUUUACCUCUGAAGGAAAUAUUCUGGACAAUGAAGAACUUAUUGACACACUGCAGGAUUCAAAGAUCACUUCUGGUGCCAUUAAAACCAGGCUGGAAGAAGCAGAGUCCACUGAGCAGAUGAUCAAUGUGGCUCGUGAGAAGUAUCGUCCAGUGGCCACUCAAGGCUCUGUAAUGUACUUUGUCAUUGCAAGCCUCUCAGAAAUAGAUCCUAUGUACCAGUAUUCAUUAAAAUAUUUUAAACAGUUGUUCAAUACCACCAUUGAAACUUCUGUAAAGACGGAAAAUCUACAACAGCGCCUGGACAUACUGCUAGAACAAACUCUCCUAACUGCUUAUGUCAAUGUUUCAAGAGGACUUUUUGAACAACAUAAACUCAUCUACAGCUUUAUGCUCUGUGUUGAGCUGAUGCGUCAGCAAGGAACCCUAACUGAUGCUGAAUGGAAUUUCUUUCUCCGAGGUUCUGCAGGAUUGGAAAAGGAACGCCCACCUAAGCCUGAAGCUCCCUGGCUACUUACUGCUACGUGGUUCGCUUGCUGUGACUUGGAAGAAUCAUUUCCAGUUUUUCGUGGACUUACCCAAAAUAUAUUGUCACAUCCUAUUUCUAUACGCUUAGGAUCUUUUGAGACUUAUAUUAACCCACAGGAAUGGGAAGGCUAUCCUAAAAUGAAAUACGAAGAGAAACACAUGAGACAGGAAAAGGAGGCCGCAUACCAGGAUUCGUGGAGUGCAGGAUUGAGUUCUUUCCAUAAGCUAAUUCUUAUUAAAUGUUGUAAAGAAGAAAAGGUGGUUUUUGCUCUUACAGACUUUGUGAUAGAAAAUCUUGGAAAACAGUUUAUAGAGACACCACCUGUGGACCUGGCUACCCUGUAUCAAGACAUGUCAUGCAACACUCCCCUGGUAUUCAUCUUAAGCACAGGCUCAGAUCCCAUGGGUGCAUUUCAGAGGUUUGCCCGGGAAAGUGGAUAUUCAGAACGGGUGCAGUCAAUUUCACUGGGGCAAGGACAGGGACCUAUUGCUGAAAAAAUGAUCAAGGAUGCAAUGAAAUCAGGAAACUGGGUAUUUUUGCAAAACUGCCAUCUUGCUGUUUCUUGGAUGUUGGCAAUGGAAGAGCUCAUUAAAACCUUCACAGAUCCAGAUAGUGCUAUCAAGGACACUUUUCGACUUUUUUUAAGCUCCAUGCCUAGUAAUACAUUUCCUGUUACAGUUCUUCAAAAUUCUGUCAAGGUGACCAAUGAGCCUCCAAAAGGCUUACGUGCAAAUAUCAGACGAGCAUUUACUGAAAUGACACCUUCGUUUUUUGAAGAAAAUAUACUUGGAAAAAAAUGGAGGCAAAUAAUAUUUGGCAUUUGUUUCUUCCAUGCGAUUAUUCAGGAGAGAAAGAAGUUUGGCCCCCUUGGUUGGAAUAUCUGCUAUGAAUUUAAUGACAGUGACAGGGAAUGUGCUUUACUGAACCUCAACCUCUAUUGUAAAGAAGGAAAGAUUCCCUGGGAUGCACUGAUUUAUAUUACUGGUGAAAUUACCUAUGGUGGUAGAGUCACAGACAGCUGGGAUCAAAGAUGCCUUCGUACUAUCUUGAAAAGAUUUUUUUCUCCUGAAACAUUAGAAGAAGAUUAUAAAUACUCUGAAUCAGGUAUCUAUUUUGCACCCAUGGCUGACAGCCUACAAGAGUUUAAGGACUACAUUGAAAAUCUGCCUUUGAUCGAUGACCCAGAAAUUUUUGGAAUGCAUGAAAAUGCCAAUCUAGUCUUCCAGUACAAAGAGACCAACACUUUAAUCAACACCAUACUUGAGGUUCAGCCAAGGUCAUCUACUGGUGGAGAGGGAAAAAGCAAUGACGAAAUUGUUCAAGAACUUGUUGCUUCCGUCCAGGCCAGAGUUCCAGAAAAACUGGAAAUGGAGGGUGCUUCUGAAGGCCUUUUCGUCAAGGAUCCUCAAGGACGCCUGAACUCCUUGACCACUGUUCUUGGACAGGAAGUGGACCGGUUUAACAACCUGCUGAAGUUAAUUCACACUUCUCUGGAAACACUCAACAAAGCCAUCGCUGGAUUCGUGGUGAUGUCUGAAGAAAUGGAAAAAGUGUAUAACAGUUUCCUCAACAACCAGGUUCCCGCUCUGUGGUCCAACACAGCCUACCCAUCCCUGAAGCCACUAGGGUCGUGGGUCAAAGACCUUAUCCUGAGGACCUCAUUUGUGGAUUUGUGGCUCAAAAGAGGACAGCCUAAGUCCUACUGGAUCUCCGGUUUCUUCUUUCCUCAAGGAUUUCUAACAGGAACUCUUCAAAAUCAUGCUCGAAAAUACAAUUUGCCUAUAGAUGAGCUAAGUUUCAAAUACAACGUAAUUCCCACCUAUCGGGAUCAAGCUGCAGUGAUAGAAGCUGCCAAGACAGUGCAAUUUGGACAAGAACUGCCCAUGGACAUGGAGUUGCCCUCUCCUGAGGAUGGUGUUCUUGUUCAUGGGAUGUUCAUGGAUGCUUCUCGAUGGGAUGAUAAGGAAAUGGUGGUAGAAGACGCAUUGCCCGGACAGAUGAAUCCAGUGCUGCCUGUGGUGCAUUUUGAACCGCAACAAAAUUAUGAGCCAAGCCCAACACUUUACCACUCCCCACUUUAUAAAACAGGAGCCCGGGCAGGAGCACUCUCAACCACAGGACAUUCAACCAACUUUGUGGUCACCGUCCUCUUACCCUCCAAGCGGUCCAAAGACUACUGGAUUGCCAAGGGGUCAGCUUUGCUGUGCCAGCUGAGUGAAUGAAAACGUGCCACCUCAGCACUACAAAAGAACCAGGCCCGAGAUCUUUCCUAAUGGGAGCAAAAGAUUUGAAUAACUUAUAUGUGAGCAAAAAGGUGUUAAUUCUGAUUUGACUUAAAGGUAUUAAGUGUGACUUUUAUUUCUCUUAUGUCCUUAAAAUAAAGUGUUUGAGUUCUUUCUGUUGGCAA